CGAUAAGGGAUGGUUAAUUCUUUGAAAUAAUUUAGUUAUUUCAAAGAACGUAAUCACUACCAGUCAAGCUUGGUGUAACCCUUGUCAGCCCUGCAAGUCGGAGACGCGGCCCAAGCUGAGCAACUUUUCUAGAAUCAAUUAACGUUAUUGUUACAACAUUUUAAAGUACUAACCUACCUAGGAAUAAAUACAUACAUUUCUACUAUUACGCCAACAAGCAAUUGAACUUUUAGGUGAUCAUAAUCAUAUUCAUCUUAAACCGUUAUCGAGGACGGAUCCAAGUUAAUUUUUCUCUGCAACAAUGCCACCAUAAUUACACAAUGGCCAAGGCCACAUCUUAUAGCUCCUCUAAUAGAGAGCAAACACGUAACACCAAUCUUACCACCUCAGCAGCUCGCUCCAACGAAGAACAUCAUGGCUUGCUCGCUACAAAUAACGCUUCUGAUGAUGACGAAGACGACGACGAUGAUGAUGAUGAUGAAGGAGAAGGAGAAGGAGGAGAGAACAAUGGACUUAUAGUCCACCCGGGGGGCCCUCUUGAUGACGAUAUUCACCACAGUGCUCUUCGCAGUCCGCACACUCCGAGAACCCCUAACCGAGUGCGCUUCGAUUUACGACCUACCAACAUUCCGCCCGCAGCGAACGGUCACGAUAGUUCAACUUUGCCUACAGAUUACUUUGACGUUGCCGAACCCGAUAGCCCCGACGGUGAUGGCUCAACUACACGACAUCCGCUCUUAACCGGCAUCGAAGCCCCGUCCGUCACGCUAGCUAACAGUCUCGACGAUGAUGUACAUGAGUGGGCCGAGCGAGAACGUACCCGUCCCAAGUCGGGUAUGCGCUCGGCCUUCAUGAACAUGGCCAAUAGUAUUAUCGGUGCCGGCAUCAUUGGGCAACCUUACGCUUUCAAGGAUGCUGGUCUACUGGCAGGUAUCGUACUGCUGGUUGGACUCACCAUUGUCGUCGACUGGACUAUUCGCCUAAUCGUCAUCAAUAGCAAACUGAGCGGCGCGAACAGCUUCCAGGGGACGGUCGAGCACUGUUACGGCAAAACGGGACUGAUUGCCAUAAGUGUUGCGCAAUGGGCCUUCGCGUUUGGCGGUAUGGUGGCCUUUGGGGUCAUCGUAGGCGACUCAAUACCACAAGUGCUGCGCACUAUAUGGCCUGGGUUAAGCGACAUGCCCAUAUUAUGGCUCUUAGCGGACCGGAGGGCUGUUAUUGUCAUAUUCAUUCUUGGAAUCAGUUAUCCAUUAACAUUAUAUAGAGAUAUUGCCAAACUAGCAAAAGCGAGCACGCUGGCUUUGAUCAGCAUGGUCAUCAUCUUAGUUACCGUCAUCGUUCAAAGCGCCCUCACACCUAAGGAAGCUCGGGGGUCCUUUAAUCUUUCCUUACUCACCGUAAACGAUGGCAUAUUCCAGGCUAUCGGGGUUAUUUCAUUUGCCUUCGUCUGCCAACACAAUUCUCUUCUAAUUUACGGAUCCCUCAAGACACCGACCAUAGACCGGUUUGCCAAAGUGACACACUACUCGACGAGCAUCUCGAUGCUGGCAUGCAUGGUCAUGGCCCUCGCGGGCUUCCUCACCUUCGGCGACAAGACUCUCGGCAACGUGCUGAACAACUUCCCGGCUGAUAACAUAAUGGUGACUAUUGCUCGGCUUUGUUUCGGUUUAAACAUGCUUACGACGCUUCCCUUGGAGGCAUUCGUAUGUCGGGAAGUCAUGAUCAACUAUUGGUUCCCCAACGAGCCAUUUAAUAUGAACAUCCAUCUAAUUUUCAGUUCGACAUUGGUGGUCUCCGCCAUGACGCUGAGCCUGAUGACCUGUGAUCUCGGAGUCGUAUUCGAGCUUGUGGGGGCGACUUCGGCCUGCGCGUUGGCGUAUAUCCUGCCGCCACUUUGCUAUAUAAAACUGAGCUCGAGGUCUUGGAAGACGUAUGUCGCUAUGGGCGUUGUGGCGUUUGGUUGUGCUGUCAUGUUUAUCAGCAUGUUGCAGGCUAUUGGGAAGGUCAUCAAAGGCGGAGGCGAGCCAGCGCAAUGCGUCUAGGUUAGAGCGUUGUCAUAGACUUUGUUUUUUUCCCUUCAUUGUAGCCCUGGAGGUAUCUUGUAUAGGUAUAAGGUAUAUUACCCAGUCAAUGUAAUGGGAUGUUCUUGGGAUACAUAGGAAAAGGGGGCAAACUGCAGGCUGCAGAUGAACGAUCGGUCAACGCCACCAGGCGAGUACGGGUCACGGCGUCGAUGCAGGCAGGAAUUCCGGGAUAGAAGCUGUGUUCUGUGAUUUGAGGAAGCUCCCAAACAGUCGGGAUCCGCCUGUCUGCAGCUAUCCACCUCGGUCGCGCGCAGAUGCACGACAGCAAAGGGCCAAGGCUUUCAGGGGUUCAGGUUCUUAAGCUGCACAUGUGUGUGUGUGUGUGUGUGUGU